UGUGGUUUGAGGGACAAGCACCCUGAGCUGAAACUUAAGAUAUCAGAGCUGCAAAAAGAAAUCAAACGAUUACAGCAAGAACACUGCGAUGCAGAAUCAAAGCUGAAGGCGUUUUGCGAGUCCCGCGUGAAGGCAUCAACUUCAUUUUUUGCAGUAAUGCGUCCCAGACUUAAAGUGCGUAAUUUAAUCAAGUACAGUGACCGUGUUUCCUUAGACCGAGAUCUUCUUAUUCUUGAAAAAGCAUUGAAUGGAAAGAUUCCUGAAUUUGAUGCGAGCGAGGAUUGGCGGUUGCCAAUUCUGAUUGAACAGUAUCGA